GGGCCCCGGGGGCCCGCCGGCUCCGGGCCGAGGCCCCGCCGCGGGACGGACCAUGCUACGUUCCACUGGCUUCUUCCGGGCCAUCGACUGCCCCUACUGGGAUGGGGCGCCCGGGGGUCCCUGCCGGCGGCCCUACUGCCACUUCCGGCACCGCGGGGCCCGGGUCCCCGGCGCGCCCGGCGGCGGAGCGGCGCCCCCCGCAGCAGGGCUCUGUUACGACCCGUACAACCCCGAGCUGCCCAAGCCGCCCGCCCACAGGGAGAAUGGCGUCCUGGGCCGGGGGCCCGAGCCGCGCUCGGACAGCCUGGAGCUGGAGCUGGUCAACCAGGCCAUCGAGGCCGUGCGCAGCGAGGUGGAGCUGCAGCAGCGGCGCUACCAGGAGCUGCUGGAGACCGCGCGCGAGUUCGGCUCCGGCGAGGCCUCGGCCCUGGCUCCCUGCGACCCCGCCACAGACCUGGACGAGGACGCCUUCCCGCUGGCCUUCGACUACACCCCGGGCAGCUGCGGCCUGCUGGACCCCGACGCCGGCUACCAGCCCACCCCGCUAGCCGCCCCCGCCGAGCCGGGCAGCAAGUACUCGCUGGCCGUGCCGGAGCAGGGCCGGGCCGGCAGGGGGAACGGCGCCUUGGAGUACGUGCCCAAGGCCGUGAGCCAGCCCCGGCGCUCCGGCCGCGCCGCCCCCAGCAGCAAGUACGUGGUGGACGACUCCAAGCCCUGCACGGACCUGGAGUAUGACCCGCUGUCCAACUACUGGGCCCGGCACCUGAGCAGGGCCAGCCGGCGGCCCCGGGGCUGCCGCGCCGGCGACUCCCACGACCCCGAGCUCAAGAGGACCUGCGAGCCGCUGGGUGCCUGCGAAGCCAGGUUCUCAGACUCCGACGACGACGCCGACGCCAGCCUGGCGCCCGGGGACGCGCCUGCCACCACCGACGCCCCCAAGGCGGGGGGUGAGAGCAAGCCCCCCGGGAAGCCACCCUCCAGCGAGGGCUCGGAGGCCGCGGGGAGCGUCCUGCGGGAGACCAAGGAGAUGGCCGUGCAGUACGACGUGGGCGACCUCCGGCAGCCCGAGCUCGGCUCCCCCGCCGGCGGCCCCAAGGAGGGGAAGCCCAAGAAGAAGAAGAGCGGGGCCCCCCCAGCCCCAGGCCCCAAGGACGGCGCCCGGAGGAGGGAGAAGGCCAAGGCCAAGGAGCAGGCCGGGCCCCGCCAGAGAGCGGCGGACAGGAAGAGCCCGCAGGCCGGCAGCCCCCGGCACCAGGCGGAGCGGCCGGAGGGGACCCAGAAGAAGCCGGCCAGCUCAGGGAAGGGGCGGCCCGACCGGCCCGGGCGCCCGCCGAGCCCCGCGAGCGGCCCCCACUCGCUGCCGGACAGGAAGGCCGGGGGGAAGACCUCGCCCGGGAAGCUGGCGGAGCGCAAGGCCCGCUCGCUGGACGAGGGCGCCUCCCGCGACGGCCCCCGGCGGAAGAAGCGCACCCUGAGCCAUGCCGACCUCUUCGGGGACGAGAGUGGGGACGAGGACACAGCCGCGGGGCCCGGGGCGCCGCCGGCCUGGCCCCCCGCCCUCCCGAGCCUCAGCUCCGACUCGGAGUCCUCCACCUCCAGCCUGGGGCGCUCCCCGCCCAAGCGGCUCAAGGCCUCCACGCCCCCGCGGCCUGCCCCUGCCUCCCCCGCCGCUGCCUCCUCUUCCUCCUCCUCCUCCUCCGAUGACCUGGACUACGCGGCCCUGGAGAAGGAGGUGGCCUUCGACUCGGACCCCAUGGAGGAGUGCCUGCGCAUCUUCAACGAGCCCACCAGCGCCGCCGAGGGCACGGCCCGGCUGGCCCCGCAGCCCCCCAAGGAAGACCAGAGCCAGGACAAGGGGCGCACGGAGCCCCCCGCCCUGGUGCCGGGGCAGAAGAGGAGAAUCUCCCAUCUCGCCAAGCAGGGCCGGGAGGCGGAGCCUCCGAGGAGGGGCCCGGCGGCGCCCCCAGCCCGGCCCCCCACCGCCCAGGAGGUGUGCUACCGUCGGGCCCAGCAGGCGCAGCAGGCGUCGGCCAGCCUGCUGCAGGAGAAGCCCUCCUCCGUCCACAUCUCCGCCCCCGGCGAGAGGAGGAGGAUCGCCCACGUCCCCAACCCCCGCCUGGCCACCGCCCCCGCAGGCGCCAAGAGGACCCUCGCCGCCAGCAGCAGCCAGGCCUCCCGGGGCCCCGAGCCCGGCGGGCAGCCGCUGAAGACGCGCACGCUGGCAGGGAUGGCGUCCAAGACCACCACCCCCAACAUCCCCAAGCGCGUCGCCCACAGCCCGUCUCUGCAGAGCUUAAAGAAACCCAUUAUCCCGAAAGAGUUUGGGGGCAAGGUCCCCACCGUCAUCCGCCAGCGCUACCUGAACCUGUUCAUCGAGGAGUGCCUCAAGUCCUGCCCCUCCAGCCAGGAGGCCGUGGAGAAGGCGCUGAGCGAGGAGAAGGUGGCCUACGACCGCAGCCCCAGCAAGAACAUCUACCUGAACGUGGCCGUGAACACCCUCAAGAAGCUGCGCGGCCUGGUGCCCAGCGCCGUGCCCAGCCUCCACAAGGCCAGCGGCCGCAAGGUCGUGUCCCACGAGGUGGUGCUGGGGGGCAGGUUGGCCGCCAAGACCAGCUUCUCCCUCAGCCGCCCCAGCAGCCCCCGGGUGGAGGAUCUGAAAGGGGCGGCGCUGUACGGCCGGCUCAGGGAGUACCUGCUCACGGAGGACCAGCUCAAGGAGAACGGCUACCCCUUCCCCCACCCCGAGCGGCCCGGCGGCGCCAUCAUCUUCACGCCGGAAGAGAAGAGGCCCAAGGACCCCUCCUGCAGGAUCUGCUGCCGCUGCGGCACCGAGUACGUGGUGUCGUCCUCCGGCCGCUGCAUCCGCGACGAGGAGUGCUACUACCACUGGGGCCGGCUGCGCCGGAACCGAGUGGCGGGAGGCUGGGAGACGCAGUACGUGUGCUGCUCCACGGCCAUCGGCUCCAUGGGCUGCCAGGUAGCCAAGCAACACGUGCAGGACGGCCGCAAGGACUGCCUGGAGGGCUUCGUGAGGACCUUCGAGAAGGAGGUCUCGGGGGAUGCUCACGCCGGCAUCUACGCGCUGGACUGUGAGAUGUCCUACACCACCUACGGCCUGGAGCUGACCCGGGUCACGGUGGUGGACACCGACAUGCAGGUGGUCUACGACACCUUCGUGAAGCCGGACAACGAGAUCGUGGACUACAACACCAGGUUCUCGGGGGUGACCGAGGCCGACCUGGCGGACGUGCGCGUGACGCUGCGGGACGUCCAGGCCGUCCUGCUGAGCAUGUUCAGCGCCGACACCAUCCUCAUCGGACACAGCCUGCAGAGCGACCUGCUGGCCUUGAAGGUCAUCCACCGCACCGUGGUGGACACGUCCGUGCUGUUCCCGCACCGCCUGGGCCUGCCCUACAAGCGCUCCCUGCGGAACCUCACGGCCGACUACCUCAGACAGAUCAUCCAGGACAGCGCGGGCGGGCACAGCUCCAGCGAGGACGCCAGCGCCUGCAUGCACCUGCUCAUCUGGAAGAUGCGGGAGGACGCCAAGACCAAGCGCUGACCCCGUGCAAUAAACCUCCAGAGCUAGCCUGGCCCGGCCUGUGCUGGGAGGGCGGGCAGGCCGGGCCCCGCCCCCGC